AUGUCUACAGAACCAAAUAAGCUCGCGGUAUCUGGGCCAGAAUCUCUCUCGACGAAUAAUGAAACCGCGACAGUGACCUCCACCGCUUCUGCAGCAGUACCUUCCUCAGCCCAUUCUACGGUUAAUACAAGGCUUGGUUCAGCAACAGCCGAGCCAUCGACCGAUACGAUGCAGACAGCUACCACGACGAAUGAACCGGGACCCGUCCUCGUCAUUACGCUACUCCUCACAUCUGGGGCGCGACAUCCAUAUAAGAUUGACGAGAAAUACCUGAUAAAGCGGAACGUUAAUGUGCCAGGCACGACAGAGAGCGGAAGGAAGGACCCCUUCAGUAUCAGUGUAUAUACAUUGAAGGAGUUGAUACUGAGAGAGUGGAGGGAGGAGUGGGAGGCACAACCAAGCAGCCCAAGCAGCAUACGAUUAAUUUAUUUCGGGCGAUUAUUGGAUGAUAAGACAGCUUUGAAAGAGUGUAAAUUCAACGCCGAUGCAGCCAACGUGGUUCAUAUGACAGUCAGACCGCAAGACAUGAUUGACGAGGAGGAUGCAUCGAAAAGCAAGUCAUUGGCCAGGGAAAGAGAUGCGAGCGAAGACACUGCAGGAUGCAGAUGCGUCAUACUGUAG